AGCAGCAUCUGUAGACUACAUGUGAUACCAUGUUGAUUUCAGAUAAUACUUACUUGAGCCUGUUUGCUGUAGCGGCCGGUCCUGAUGGAAGCUGGGGAUGUCAGCUGCCCCACGACUGGAGACCGCAGACUGAAGCGUGCCGUGCCGAGCUGGCGCAGAUCAUAGUCUUUGCCAAGGUGUUAGCACUGCACGAGGAGUCUUACAGUGUGUAUAACUACCUGCAGUCGGAUCACGACACCAGCCUGUUAUUCUCCGCCGAGAUUGAGCUGCUGUGCGACCAGGCGUGGGGCAGCAUGCUGGAGGUCCCCGCCGGCUCCAGGUUUAAUGUCACCGGCCUGGGCUACUUCCACUGCGUCUCCUAUAGUGUCACCAAAAACAACAACUACUACUUCUUUCUAAGGAUGGAUGAGAACUACAAUAUUGUCCCUCAUGGAGUGAACUUCCAGGACCCCAUCUUCCCCGACACGGCAGAGAUCCACCGCAUGUUUGCCAGCCUUUUCCAGUUUUCCAACUGCAUGCCUGGCACUCAGGUCCACACCUACACGCCGGAGUGGGAGGCUCAGGAGGACAGCCGGUUGUUGUGCUCCGCAGUGCAGAAGGCUCUGUUUGAGGAGGAGGAGAGGGUCAGGACUCUCUCCCAGCAGGUGCGUUCCUUGGAGAAAGCCAACGACCACCUGAGGGAAAAGGUGAAGACCAUGAAACGUCAGCUACGCCAGGCCCAACGAGAAACAACGAAGGAGCAACAGACCCUCAGCCUCAAACAGCUCUACGAGUCAAAGACGCCCCGAACUCACCCCGAUCAGGACACUACCCAGGACCAGAGGAACCCGCCACUUAAAAAGGUCCUCUCCAAGAGGCUAAAAAACUAGUUUUUAGAGGUUUUUCUUUGAAUGUAAACCAAAUUGUUGCUCCCUAUGAAACAUCAAGGACAGAGCAAACUGAAAGGAUUGUGUCUGAAAAGCUGGGGGAAGAAACAGCAACAGCAGCAACAAUUAACAGAGGUGAUCAAUUUAGAGUAAAACGAUGGACUUUAAUUGUAAUUUCAUUAUGUUCUCUGUGUCUUCAUCCUAAUUAAUGUGCUUAUUUCUAAAGGAACAUAACAAAUUUCAAGAAACUUUACCUGCACAACCAAAUGUGGCCAUUUUGUUGGUCUAACAAAACACUGUUGUUUUAGUUAGUGGUAAAACUGACCUGUGCCACUGAGACUGUCAACUACAAAGAGACCAUUCAUGCCCAUUUACAUCCUUAUCUGUAUACUUCCUUUGAAGAACCGUGUGUGUGUGUGUGUGUGUGUGUGUGUGUGUGUGUGUUGGGAGGGGAGGGCUUUCACUUGACCUAUUUUAUUUCCCCAGAUGAACUAAAGUAAAGGAUUAACUGCCACUGAGAUAAAGGAUUUAAAUGGUUUCACAGGAGUAAGAGAUCUUCAUCUGAAUCUCCUUACCUCUUAUUUCACCCCUUUAGUCCAAUAUGAUCAUUCUCUCUGAAUAACUGUUGCUGUUGCCCGUCUCGACCCCCAACUUUUACCUUUGUCUUUUUUUUAGUUUAAUUCAGUGGCAGCACAAAACAUUUUCCAAACAUUGGACAGAGCUCAUAGCUGGCGGAUGCACUGCUGAACAAUAUGUGUACAAUGACAAAAGCAUUGAAAAUUGAAUAUCUUGCUUUUUUUCUGUGCUGGACACAUUAUGCAUUGUAUAAAUAUUAGAAUUAAUUACGUUUCUUUCUUCAGUCGUCAAAAUGCUCCAAAUUGAGCUCACAUUUGGACAAGUUAAUAUGAACAUGACACAAAUAACCAGUUAUUAAUUGCAAUGAGUGCAAUAAAGAACGGAACAUACAAGUUGUUAGCAUUCAAAAUCUUGUGUGUGGAAACACAUAAUACUCCGACUGUGUAUAUGAGCGUAUAGAUACAGAGGAACAGCUGUGCCAAAGUUUAAAAGAUGCAACGUUACGUCACAUCACUCUUUUCUACCUUUGAAUGGUUUUCAUUUAUUUGUUUGAUCUAUUUAUACCCAAGAAGCUAUCCAAAAGUGUAGUGAUUCUUUAAAUUCAGUGAAUUGUUUCCCAAGAGUUCAUUUUUUUCAAGUUCUCCUUUAUGCAAAAUGUACUAAAUGAAAGUGUAAUUUUUGUAAAACAGGGUGCUGAGCAUUCAUAAAGUCCAGCCAGUGAGCCUGGCGUGGUACAGGAUUGGCUUUUUCUGUGUCAGAAAUUAAACUUUGCUUUUGUUAUACUUUCUGUAUUUGCUUUUCUUAUUAUUUUUCUUUCCCUAAACUAUAAACAUCUGGUUUGCUUUGCCAAUAGCAUAAUCAUUUGUGUAACAGUUAUUGUGUGUUUUUGUUUUUAUAAAUAAAUGAACUUUUACAAGA